ACAGGCUUCUCGUGGCUAACCAAUGUGGCAGUAGUUGUUAGCAUGUGUGUUGACUAUAAACGGUGUUUUUUCCAGCUGCACUGAACAUGGCCACAAGUUACCCCACGCCUCUUUAUUCCCACGCAGGACGAGGGGAGUUUAGUGAAGUUUAUGAGCCGGCAGAAGACUCUUUUCUUUUGAUAGAUGCUCUCGAAAAAGAUGCAGAGAUGUUGCAGCUGAAGAGUCCGUGUGUGUGUUUAGAGGUUGGCAGUGGAUCAGGAGUGGUGUCUGCAUUUCUGGCAUCAGUGGUUGGACCCUCAGCCCUGUACAUUUGUACUGAUGUGAAUCCUGCUGCAGCACAAUGCACUGCAAUGACAGCUUCCUGUAACGGCGUUUCUCUGCAGCCUGUCCUCACAGACCUGGUAGAGUGCCUUCUUCCCUGGCUGAGUGGAAAAGUGGAUGUUCUGCUGUUUAACCCCCCCUAUGUGGUUACACCUUCAGAGGAGGUUGGCAGUAAAGGCAUAGAAGCUGCCUGGGCUGGUGGGAAGCGAGGCCGUGAGGUGACAGACCGGUUUCUGCCACUUGUAGCGCAGCUACUGUCAAAGAAAGGCCUUUUUUACCUUGUUACAAUUGCUGAGAACAAUCCAGAGGAGAUCAUCCGGUUACUGCAGGAGUGUGGUUUGCGUGGAGAGUCAUGCUUGAGUACCAGAGCUGGAAAUGAGCGGCUGUGUAUUCUACGCUUCUCCUGGAGCCAACAAACAUGAAACUGUUUUGAAAAAAAAGGAAAUGUCACUGAUUGCCAUAUGGCAAAUCUCUGCAGCCCGAAGCAGCGAGGAGAAGUUGAAGCAGUGUGAUGUGUUGGCCCACGUCACCUCAACCCUCUCUCCUCUGCAGUGGUAGAGAGUCUGGUCUGCAUCCAGCCUGCUGUCAGAACCCUCCGGAAACAUGGAAGUAGGAGAUGAAGUGACAGGAAACCACAACCUUGGUUCUACAGACUCAUGAUGCUGCUUAAUUUUUUGAUUAUCUAAAGACGUCUGCUUUUACUGUCAUUAAUUACAAUUUUGAAGCUCUUGUAUUUACUUUAUUGCAUUUUUCUUAUGACUGUACAAGUUUAUUCUCAGAUAUAAGUAGUGUACUUUUUACUCCACUACAUUUAUCUGACAAGUAACUUAUCAAUUCCAAUGUUUCAUCCUCUUUCUCUCCACUGAAAACCACAAAUUCCCAAAUGUGGUUGUUUCUGUCAAAUAUUUUUAAGUUUCAAUGCUUAUGAAUUAAAAGAUUAAAUGUCCCAUUAUGGG